UGUACUAACCACUGAUACCAUGAUCAACCAGAGCUGCCAGGAACAGUUCAUCUUGCUGGGCUUCUCAGAUAGACCCAGGCUAGAGUCCAUCCUCUUCAUGUUUGUCCUCAUCUUCUACCUCGUGACUUUAGUGGGCAACAUUGUCAUUAUCUUAGUUUCCCAUCUGGACCCCUGCCUCCACACUCCCAUGUACUUCUUCCUCACCAACUUAUCCUUCCUUGAUCUCUGCUUCACUACCAGUUCCAUCCCUCAGCUGCUCUUCAACUUGGGAGGCCAGGACAAGACCAUCAGUUACACUGGCUGUGCCGUCCAGCUGUUCAUGUUUCUAGGCCUAGGAGGUACUGAGUGUGUUUUGCUGGCUGUCAUGGCUUACGACCGAUUCACUGCAAUCUGCAAGCCUCUUCACUACUCAGUCAUCAUGCAUUCUCAGCUCUGCUGGAGGUUGGUAUCUGUGGCCUGGAGUGUUGGACUCCUCAACUCCCUGGUCAUGUCUCCUGUCACCAUGAAGCUGCCACGAUGUGGCAGAUGUCAGGUGAGGCACUUCCUGUGUGAGAUGCCAGCUCUGAUAAAAAUUGCCUGUGUGGAUACUGUGGCCGUGGAAAGCACUGUUUUCUUCUUGUCGGUGAUAAUAGUGCUGGUGCCCCUGACUCUCAUCCUGGUUUCCUACAGCUACAUUGCUCUAGCAGUGAUGAGGAUCAAGUCGGCCUCGGGAAGGAGGAAGGCUUUCAAUACCUGUGGGUCCCACCUCACCGUAGUCUCCUUGUUCUAUGGGAAUAUCAUCUAUAUGUAUAUGCAACCGGGACACAAAGCUUCUCAGGACCAAGGGAAAUUUCUGACCCUCUUUUACAACUUGGUAACUCCCAUGUUGAACCCCGUCAUCUAUACACUGAGAAACAAGGAUGUAAAGGGAGCACUCAAGAGACUCGUGACUAGGAAAUAAGGUGAAAGGGCUUCCCCUAAAGUUGUC